AUGUCGAGAAGAUAUGAUUCGAGGACCACUAUAUUCUCCCCAGAGGGUCGACUUUAUCAAGUAGAAUACGCACUUGAGGCCAUCUCGCAUGCUGGUACAGCACUGGGUAUCUUGGCUAAAGAUGGGAUCGUUCUUGCGGCAGAAAGAAAAGUUACCAGCAAGUUACUUGAGCAAGAUACAUCUGCAGAAAAACUCUAUAUCUUAAAUGACAAUAUGAUUUGCGCUGUCGCUGGAAUAACUGCCGAUGCCAAUAUUCUCAUUAAUUAUGCACGCCAGUCUGCUCAAAGGUACCUUCUCACAUAUCAUGAGGAUAUUCCAUGCGAGCAGCUUGUUCGCCGUUUAUGUGAUCUGAAGCAAGGAUAUACACAGCAUGGUGGUCUCCGGCCGUUUGGUGUUUCUUUUAUAUACGCUGGAUAUGAUCCUCAAAGGCAGUUUCAGCUGUAUCAAAGCAACCCAAGUGGUAAUUAUGGCGGGUGGAAGGCAACAAGUAUGGGUGCAAAUAACACCUCCGCCCAAAGUUUAUUGAAACAAGACUACAAGGAAGAUUGCAACUUAAAGGAAGCAUGUGAGAUGGCAGUAAAGGUGUUGAGCAAGACGAUGGACUCAACUAAAUUAAGUAGCGACAAGAUCGAAUUUGCUACAGUCGGAAAGACAAAAGAUGGAAAAAUAUACCAUCACCUAUGGAAUGCUGAAGAAAUAACAGCGCUAUUAAAGCUACAUGAUCUAGCUAAAGAUGAGACUGGAGGGGACCCAAUGUAA